AAGGUCUCAUCCAUCUCCACUGUCACAUUUGUAUUUGAACCUACUAAGCUCUGCAAACAUCAAAUCUUUAUCAAUGUCCAGCUCUUAUUUUGCAUCAGUUUUAUGAGAGAAUUUCUUUGCUCAUUCGAUGAAACCAGAUCAACAGAAGAACACCCCGCCUCUUUAAACUGAGACCACUGUCACUGGAGCACAGUUCAGUUCCUAACAUUACAGUGGUGCAGUCCUACUGUACACACAGCGAUGAACCUUACCUCGGUAACAGCUUUACUCUGCGCCUUCAGCUGGAUCUCUGUCUCAGUUUCUCAGUUUCACACUGUGGAGGUCCAGUCUGGAGAAGAAGUCACACUGAUGUGCACCAACUUUACCGAUGGUGUUUCUCACAUCAUCUGGUUGAUACUGGGCAACGAACCCAACGCCAGCUGCAUCUCCUCCAUGAUCAGCUCUAAUAGCAAUGCUUCGUACUGUGAUGGAUUUCAAAAUGGAAAAUUCAGUAUGAGCUCCAACACCACUACCCUCUUUCUCAAGAUCAAACCAGUGGAUUUAUCUGACUCUGGACUCUAUUUCUGUGGGUUCAACUUUAAGGGAAAGCCAGUUAUUUUCACUGCAACAUAUUUAAAAGUUCAAGAGUCUGAAGAACAAACAGAUCUGACGAGUUUGAUCCUGGCUGGUCUGAUUAUUGUCCUCAUUCUAAUCAUCAUUGUUCUGGUUUUCAUAAUCAGGAAACUUCAUACAGCUCAUAAAGAGGGACAGAAUCCACAACACAGUGAGAAUCCAGGCUCUAAUGACCUGAACUAUGCUGCGCUGAAUUUCCCUCCAAAAGCAAAAAGAAACCAAAGACCUGUGUCAGAGAGAGAGCUGGAGACAAAUGUCGUGUACGCUGCCACCAGAUAGACUCAGGAAACCACUGGAACAGCAGCUCAGAGUGGAGCUGAUGCUUUAUCACCUCAUUAUGUUAUUUUGGGUUUUGUGUAGUUGGGGGAUGGGAUGAGUGACCAUCACUGUCAAAACAUUUUGGAAUAAAGUCUCUAUGUU